ACGUGCCGGCUUCCGGUCUUCUUCCCCCUCCGGAAGCGACAUGGUGCCAAUGCCCGCUGCCCCAGCCUGAGCCUGAAAUCGGGCCGGGGGCUCCGUAAGCUUUGUUCAUGGUGGGCGUGGCCAAGAAACACACCCGCGCCAAUAAGGGGACCAGCUGGCAUUUUAGUAAAACAAUGGAAGAGCUUGUCCAUGAUCUGGUGUCAGCAUUGGAAGAAAGCUCUGAGCAGGCGAGAGGAUGCUUUGCUGACACCGGCGAUCAUUCCCGAAGUAUCUCUUGUCUUCUGAAAAGGCAAGCAAGGAAACGAAGAGGGAGAAAAAGGAGGUCGGAUAACACACAUCACCCUUGGGAAACUGGACACUGCCUUAGCGAUGGGUCAGAGUCCAGUUUAGAAGAGCAAAACAAAGACUACCGCGAAUGCACAAGUAAUCACAAAAAGGACAGCGACUCGGAUGAUCAGUUACUGCUUGCAAAAAGGAGAGCGUCUUCUAACAUUACUAAUAUACGCGGUAAGCGGCCCUUGUGGCAUGAGUCGGACUUGGUUGUUGAUACCUUGGGGAGUAGGACCUUGAGACGGCGGCGUAAAGUGAAGCGCAUGGCAAUUGACCCUCCGGCGGAGGUCACUAACACACUGACCCUGUCUCAGAGCCGUGACCAAUCGAUGGACGAUGACAGCAAGCACUACCAACACCUUGAGUUGGUUAAGAGUAAAAAUAAGAAGAGGAAAAUCUCUGCGCCUAGACACGGACCUGAAAUUCCAGAUGAAGGAGUUGUCGUGGAAGGGGAAGAAAUGAACUACGGCAACAAAGACAAAAUGGAAUAUGAAGAACAAAAAGCUUCUGAUGAGAACAUGAGUGACAGUGAAUCCAGCAGCAUAAGCAGCAGUGAUGCGGGUUUGUUUACCAAUGACGAAGGGCGCCAAGGGGAUGAUGAGCAGAGUGACUGGUUUUAUGAAAGUGAAUCUGGAGGAGCUUGUGGUAUUACUGGUGUCAUCCCAUGGUGGGAGCAGGAAGACUCAGCGGAAGUAGAGAAGCAACUGCCGGAUCCAGUCUUUGAAAGCAUUCUGACUGGCUCUUUCCCCCUCAUGUCUCAAUCGACUCAGAGAGGUUUCCAGGCAAGGUUAAACCAUCUGCACUCAAUGCAAGCAAGAAGCAUCCGGAAAUCUGCUGUCAGCCCAAACCCACUGAUUACGAGUCCAGGCGCUAGCAACACCAAGAGGCUGGUCCACUUUAGCCCCGAACCCUAUCAUCAUGAUCACUGGUUUAGCCCUGGGGCCAGAAAAGAUCACAGCCAGCUUUUACGAGAUAAUCGUUCAGACCGAGGCCAUAAGAAAAACUGCUCUGUCAAAACAGCCAGCCGACAAACGAGCGUCCAUUUAGGGUCUUUGUUCAUCGGGGACGUCAAACGAAGAAGAAAAAAUGCUGCCCCCCUUCCAGGACCUACAGCCUCAGGAUUCAUUGGUGAAAGUGCUCAACCCAUACCUGACAGUAACAUUGGUAAUCGAAUGCUUCAGAACAUGGGCUGGACUCCAGGUACAGGACUAGGUCCAGAUGGCAAAGGAAUAUCUGAACCUAUAAGGGCACACCAGAGACCAAAAGGACUCGGGCUUGGUUUUAGCUGAUGGGAACGACUUUACAUCUCAGCCGUGUAAAGGAAGAUUUGUUGUUUUAUGAUAUUGCUAUGAAACGUUCUUCUCAAUCACCGUUCCCUUGAAGGAAAGGAGUACGAAAAGCCACGGUCAACACCAGCUAUCCUUCAUGGAAGUGAAAUGCUCAUGGAAAUGCUUUGAGCAUCAGAGAUGCCAUAGUGCUUGUUGUAACAGUUGGUACUAAUCCAGUUUGUAUAUAUGGGAUGAUAGGAACCAUACUAAAAGUCAAUUACUUGUUUUUCUUCUGAGAAAUCAAACAUUACUAGGCUAAUCACAAGUUAACAAAAGGAUUAAAGUGUUCUGAAAACA